UAAGCCUCAAUCACAGUUGUUGUUUUAUUCUUCAUAGUCCUCUUGGCAUGAAAUUUGCUUUCACAUAAUUUGUUUUUGUUAUCAUCCAAAUUGGCUACAAUAAUGGGUGCAGAAGGGGCCUCAGUGUUUUACUUUGGACCAUUUCUGAUAAUGGUGACAAGAGAAUCCUAGUAAUGAUGUAUGCAGCCGCUCAGAGCAAGAAAGAAAGAAAAAAAAAAGUAUUCUUUAGCUCUUUAUGAUCAAAUGGCUCCAGAUAGUGGAAAGAAAAAGAAAAAAGAAAAUAAAAUAACUGAGGCAGAAGAAGUUGAUUAACCUUUGAUGGGGUCCCACUCCCACUAGUUUUAGUAUAUACAACACAUUUUUUUUCAAUAAAGAAAUACACCCAAAAUUUACUUUUUCACCCUAUUUUUAAAUGAUUGUCUAAUAGUCCACUUCCUCCUAUUCAUCAUCACCAUUUUCUCUUUUAUGCUUUCUUAGUUUACAUAUAUAAGAUGACCUUGCCAUAGUCUAAUCUCCAAAGUGUCUCAAACUGAGUGCCUUAAGUAUUAUAUAUGACUUGAAAAGUUAGGCAUUGUUUUUGAAAGUUUAUUGGGAUUAAAGUAAAGGGUUUACUUCAUUUUUGGCUUUGGGGAGAGUAUGGAAGUGAGUUGUGCUAGUACUACCAAAUGCAGUUCUUUGCAUAGGUUGAAGAGCAUAGAGGAAAAUAGUAGCCCUGCAAAUUGGGAGGCAGUGAUCUCCUCUUGUGCCAAGCCACCAGAAACUCCUACAGAAUCCAUGGAGUUUUUAGCAAGAUCAUGGAGUGUUUCGGCCGUUGAGCUCUCCAAAGCUCUUUCCACUUCACAUGCUGCUGCUUCUCAGAAUCCUCUCAACUCAACAACCACUGUCUCUUCUGCUUGCUCUGAAGUGCAUGGUGGUGUUGAUGAUGAUGCAAGUUCCACUAUCACUUUGAAGGAAUCUAUACUUCAGCAACUGUCAAGUGAGAGUAGUCCUCCAAUUUCACCAAGAGCCAGUGAAGAAAUGAAGGAGUUAUUUCUACUUCAUCAAGCACUAAAUCCAGAGUUCCUUUCCAGCCAACAGUUGAUAAAAAAUGGGCUGUAUAAGAGCAUUAUCAGGAAGAAAACAAUGGGGAGAUGGUUAAAAGAUCAGAAGGAGAGAAAGAAGCAGGAAAUCAGAACCCAGAAUGCCCAGUUACACGCAGCAGUUUCUGUGGCGGGGGUUGCCGCAGCUGUUGCAGCACUUGCAGCUUCAGCUGCAUCACCUGGAUCAUCAGCUGCUCAGCGGAAAAGUACUCCUUCAAAAACAUCCACUGCUCUAGCAUCGGCAGCAGGUCUGGUAGCAUCUCAUUGCAUUGAGAUUGCUGAGGAAAUGGGCGCUGAUCACGACCAUAUCUUAGCUGUGGUAAACUCAGCAGUUAAUGCAAGGACUAAUGGUGAUAUCAUGACCUUAACAGCAGCUGCAGCUACUGCCUUAAGAGGAGCUGCUAUUCUAAGGGCAAGGCUUCAGAAAGGCUGUGGAAGUACUACAUUUGCUUUGGCUGAGGAAAAAGGCGAAGGCCAUGAAUCAAAAGCUUUCACAGCAUUGAACUUUGUUUGCAGAGGAGGAGAACUUCUCAAACGUACGAGGAAAGGAGAUCUCCACUGGAAGCAAGUUUCUUUCAGCAUUAACUCAAAUUGGCAGGUUGUGGCAAAAUUGAAAAGCAAGUACAUGGGUGGAACAUUUACGAAAAAGACGAAAUGUGUAGUCUCCGAAGUUCGUUGUGAUAUCCCAGCAUGGCCCGGAAGGGAGAAAGACGGUAGCAAAGAAUCAAAGGCAUACUUUGGGAUAAAGACAGUUGAUAGGAUCAUUGAGUUUGAAUGUAAAAGUAAAGAAGAAAAACUAAUGUGGACAGAGGGAAUCCAGCACAUAUUGAAUUGUCAUGCCAAUGUAACAUUAUCUUAAGUGGCAUAAUGAUUCUUGUGAUCUUCUGUAAAAAUAAACUUGCAGUUGCAGUAAAUAAUCCUAGGUGUACAUGUCACUGGGCAAGCAAGCCAGUUUUUCAACUUUUACAAUCAUAUACAGA